AAUCUUACCAAACACCUUCAACAGAUAAUUUUUCUUUGAUGGAGUUUACUACAGACAGAUCGACGGAGUUGCGACUGGACCACUUCUUGCUAACAUUUUCCCUUCUAUACUGAAUAUGGAUCUAUAAAACGCAUCAUCUCUUCAUCUUGUCGAUAUAUGGGUAACACUCUUAUAAUCUGUGAUUCAGACAUUGAUGUCUCCAUUCUGUUGAACCGGGUAAACAGUGUACAUCCAUCGUUGAAGUUCACUAGUGAAAUCGAAAAUGAUGGAAGACAGUUCACUAUAAAGACGUGCGUUCCUGAAAGCAAUCUAUCUUGCUGUGAGACGGAAGCGGGCCGCAAAGCCGCAUGUUGUCAAGGUCCAAUAAUAAAUGACACCCACGAACCGUGUCCCUGCAAAACUACCUGUUGGUCUGUGGUAGAACAAAAAUUGGAGCGUGGAAUUCGGGUGAUCGGUACCAUUGGACUGUUUUUCAGCGUUGUUGAACUGAUGGGAGUUUGGCUAGCUUUGCAGUACAGGCACAAACGCGAUCCUUCCGUUGAUCCAUACCGCGUGCUAUGA